AUGUCGCUGGCGCUCGCCGUCGGCGUACACUCGACGUGCAACCCGUAUUGUGGGGACAAGACGCAGGGCUGGGAUAAAAAGUGCGACUGGGGUGGCUGCUACAGCUGCACCGAGUGCUCCGCCCCUGCGCCGGUGUGCAAGCCGUUUUGUGAGGACAAGACGCAGGCCUGGGAUGACAAGUGCACCUGGACUGGCUGCACCGGCUGCACCGAGUGCAUCGUCCCUGAGCCGGUGUGCAAGCCGUUUUGUGAGGACAAGACGCAGGGCUGGACUGACAAGUGCACCUGGGGGGGCUGCAGCGGCUGCACCGAGUGCUCUUCCCCUGCGCCGGUGUGCAAGCCGUUUUGUGAGGACAAGACGCAGGGCUGGACUGACAAGUGCACCUGGGGGGGCUGCAGCGGCUGCACCGAGUGCUCUUCCCCUGCGCCGGUGUGCAAGCCGUUUUGCCUGGGGUAA